AGGGUAAAAAUUGAAAAAUUGAAAAAUUGAAAAAUUGAAGAGACGGAUGAUUGUGGAAAUUGCAAUUUUCCCACGAAAAAAGAAAGAAAAAGGGAAAAAAGAAUCUGCCUUGGAUUUCUCAUGUAUAAAGCAAGAUCUCGAGGAAAAUUUCCCGAUGAUCCUAUGGACUGUAAACAGUCGGACUUGAUGGAGGCUGAAUUUUCGGCGAACGGAGCCGUCGCCGGCGAUUCUGUCCGCGAAUUACUCACAUUAGCUCGUCAACUCAUCAAUCAACGAAAACCUUCUCAAGCCCUCCAAGCGGUUGUAAUGGCAAUGAGAACCCAAGGUGGGGAUGCAGCAGUCUUUCAAUCGUUGCACCGUGCUGGUGAGCUGUACAGAACUCGAUUGCGGGAGACUGCAGAUGUUGAUCAACUAGCUUCUAUAUUUGCAGAGUGUGCUAUAGCUGAAGCUCAGCCUCUGAACCCUGAACCUGGAGAAUGUAACAUGUCUAGCUCAUCGGUUGUUGAUGCUCACGGUAAUUCUAUACUGGCAGAAACUGGUAGGAUGCAAGUUGUUAUGGAUGCAUUCUCAGAUGGGAGCAGUUUUAUUUGUUUGCAAUGUGGCGGUCUUGUUAGUAACCAUCGCAAAGAUGAGCACUAUGCAUAUUGGUGUGCUCAGAUCUAAGUUGUGUUCGGAUAUCAAUGCUCAAACUUGUAUUUGUACAUGCCACAGCUGCUUUUCUGUUGGCAAACCGCCAAUUGUUGUAAGCAGGUCCUCCUUUGAGUAGCUUGCAACAUCUUCUUCUGUUCAAGAGAGAGGGAGAACAAAAAAGGUACAAACAGUGAGCUGCCCCAUUUCUGGGCAGAAAAUGAUUGUAUUGAGACAACUCCUUUUCCUUUUCCUUUUCCAAUCGUAUUUUAAGGCCUACCUGGAUUUCCAGAUAACAUCGACUGGUUAUUAGUACUUGCCAUGUUCUUAUUGUUUAAUUCUCAAAGAAAGCGUUAUCAGUAUCA